CUUCAUUUUAGAAGCAAGCAACCUAAAGACAUUGAACUUGUGAAACUACAUUUCCCAUCAGACGCUCCUUGCUCAUGCCUCACUUGGGUUCUUCCCUGUGUUAACUCAGGGCCAGAUCACUCAGGGCUGAAGAAGAUCAUGGCUUUUGCGAACUCCGAGAUGGAUGAAGCUUUUGACUACUUGUUCAAGAUCAUCCUGAUCGGUGAUUCAAAUGUAGGGAAGACGUGUGUGGUCCAUCGCUUCAAGUCAGGCCAAUACCAUGCAAAGCAGCAGAACACGAUUGGGGUGGACUUCACAGUGCGAUCACUGGACAUCGAUGGCAAGAAGGUGAAGAUACAAGUCUGGGAUACGGCAGGCCAAGAACGCUUCCGGACAAUAACUCAGAGUUAUUACCGCAGUGCCCACGGUGCUGUACUUGCCUACGACAUGACAAGGAAGUCCACUUUUGAGUCUAUUCCUCACUGGAUUCAUGAAAUUGAAAAAUACGGAGCUGCUAACUUGGUCUUGAUGCUGAUUGGGAACAAGUCGGACGAAGCAGAGAAGCGGCAAGUUCUGUUUGAAGAUGCUUGCACACUAGCAGAGAAGCAUGGUCUUCUGGCUGUACUGGAGACUUCAGCCAAGGAAGCCCAAAAUGUUGAUGAAGUGUUCGUAUUGAUGGCUAAAGAGCUUAUAGCGCGAAAUACCUUACAGCUUCAUGGGGAGAGUGGUCCUUUAGGCAGCAUCCAUCUAGAUACCAAGCCGGUGAUGGCCUUGCCAGCCGAGAACUCCAGCUGCUCAUGUUGAGGAGAUGCUUCCAGGAGAAGAAGCAGCUGGGAUGAUUCCUGAGGCCUUUUCAGUUGGGUGAACCUUCUAGCCUCAUCUUGCCACCACCCCAAUAUAUUUCAACUGUGUGGCUUCGGCUUCAUGUUAUUCUCCAGAAACAGAUGUUUCUUUUUGUUCUCCAGAAACAGAUGUUUUCAACAGAAGGUUGAAGGAAGUUGUAAUGGUGCAAACAGACAAUCCCACCUUUUCAACUGAAAAAGAGAACAUCUCUUGGAAGUCAUGAGCUAAACUGGAAAAGAACUCUGAAGACUUCUGAGAGCAGCAGGCUGCCAUCUGGAGUGAGAUGGCUGUAUUGAGAGCUGCCCUGUUGAGUUUCUGUAAUUUUUCACCCAUGGCUGUGGAAAAAUGAUGUGUUUACCUGUCAGUCAUGAUACUAGAACAGCCUUCCCUAGCCUGCUGCCCUUCAGAGGGGUUGGAUUACAGCUCUUAGCAUCUAUGUUGUACAUAGUUUAGCUUGAGUGCAGAUAGGGCCAUUGGUGGCAAUUUUGCCACAUUAGGGUAGCUGAAGGUUAAUAGUAAGGUCUCCAUCAUUGGUGAAGUAAAAGAAACUACAGGAGAAGGAAAAGAAGUGGUGUCCGCUGGUCAUUUCCCGAAUUACCUGCAUCAGGUGCAAGCUGGCAUGUCAUCCAGUCCUGGCAAAGGUGGGUGGUGGCAUGGCUUCUAACCACCCAAAACCCUGAAGCAAGCCAUGGAUUGCAGAGUGGUUUGGGAACCAGCCCUCUCACCCACCUGGCCAGGUGUGGACAACACAGCAACCUCCAGAUAGUGUGGUUAAUUAUGGAAAUGAGGCAACAUGUAAAGGGAAAAGUCAUCUGGGCUUCUUUUCCGUCACCCUUCAUAUAAAGCUUGUUGAUGUUUCUCAUUAUUGAAGUGACCCAGUGCAUUUUGUAGCAAUCUAGUAACUGUGUAAUUGGUGGGUUGGUUUACUUAGGUUCCUGCCUACCUCUUGUUCAUCAGUGACUUGUGUUUAUAGUAAUGUUUAAUUGGGGGACUUGUUUACACAUGAAUUUUGCUUCCUUGACUUGCUCCUUCUC